AUGCCUCCUUUCUGCCCCUUCGUGCUGGCCUACGCGGGAUACAUCCCCUACCCGCAGGAGGAGACGCCCCUGCGGAACAGCCCCAGCCCCCCCAACAGCACCGGCGGCACCAUUGACAGCGAUAGCUGGGACCCCCGGUUCAACGAUGUCCCUUCCUCCGUUUCCUUGUCCGCCAAGAACAGAAAGAGCUUCAGCCAGCUUAAGCGAACAAAAUCGUACAGCUCCCUGUUCCAGAGAGCCAAACCCGGCAGCUUCCUGCCGGAGCGCAAGCAGAUUGAUAAGAUCAGGAAGAAGAAGAAGCUGAAGAGAAGGGAGACAGAAGUGUCUGCAGAGGAAGAUUAUGAGGAGAAGCUGCUGGAGCUGGAGGCCGAGGACUCUUUUGUGGAGGCCGCGCUGAGUCCCUCGUCCGAGGGCGAUCCUCAGUCCGCUGCCGAGCACUGCUCCGCGUGGGACUCGGACACGCCGUCCAGCGCCUCCUACCCCGCCGUGGCGGCCGAGCAGACUGUGGAGAUACAGAGCGUGGGUAAAAGAACGGUCAUUCGGCAGGGCAAGCAGGUGGUCUUUCGGGACGAGGAUGGCACCGGUGACGACGAGGACAUUAUGGUGGAUUCGGAUGAUGAUUCGUGGGACCUCGUCACCUGCUUCUGCAUGAAACCCUUCGCCGGGCGGCCGAUGAUCGAGUGCAACGAGUGCCAUACCUGGAUCCACCUCUCCUGCGCCAAAAUCCGCAAGUCGAACGUCCCGGAGGUCUACAUAUGCCAGAAGUGUCGGGACUCCAAUGUAGCAUUGUACCUGCCCAUUUGUCCAUGUAUACCCAUCGUAGACAAGCUAAGGCUCCACAGCAGCGAGUGUGAGCGCCCGCUGACCGCGCCUGGCCCCUGCCUCGUCCUGGGGGCUCUGGGCAGUAGGCGAGCGGCUUCCACCGAGUCCUCUGAUUUGGUGGUGUUCAAGCACAAGCAGGACUUCUGCUCCAAGGACUGGUGCGUUUAA